AUGGAAAUCGAGAAAGCGCAACUGAGGAAAGAGAAGGAACAACAUCAGAAACUCAAAAUGGCUGAGUAUAGGCAUUACGCAGAUCCCGAUCCGCAAUGGGCUGAUUUCCCGCAAAAUCUGCCUCCAGGCACACGUGUUCAGGGAAUGAGCCGAGAGCGCCUUCCUAUCACACCACAAGACGGUCUUGAUAUCUCGGAAUUCAGUGUGCCAGCGCGAGACGCUCACCCCAUCCUCAUCCGGUCGUAUCGACCAUCAGACAAGCAAGCUGACGAGCUUCUUCCCCUCGUCAUCUACCUCCAUGGCGGCGGCUUCGUCACAGGAGGGUUGGAAACAGAUGAUGUCUCAUGCCGCGCCAUGUCAUUGCAGUGCGGCGUCGUGGUCUUGAACGUUGAGUACCGCUUGGCGCCGGAAAAUAAGUUCCCCGUCGGUUGGCAGGACAGCUAUGAUAUCGUGAAAUGGGCCGCCACUCCCGCCGCGCAGAAGCAGCUCUCCGUUGAUCUGACCAAAGGCUUCAUCCUCGGCGGUACUUCCGCCGGCGCAAACUUCACAGCCGGUAUCUCGCACUUCUUCGCCGGGCACGAGGAUAACGAGAAACUCUCUCCCCAAUUGACCGGUCUGAUUUUCAUUGCCCCAAGUGUAUGCCAUCCAGAUGUGCGGCCCGAGCAGUACAAAAGUCGAAUCCUGAGCGUUGACGAAAUCAACGAUGCUCCAGGUCUGACGCGGAAGAGCAUCGAUUACUUUGCAGGCAAAUAUGGUCUUGCGAAGAAGGUUCUCUUUCAGGUCUGCGGCUGGGAUCCACGCCGCGAUGAAGGUCUUCUGUUUGAGCAGCUACUCAAAGAGACUGACUUGCAGACAAGACUGCACAUUUAUCCAGGAUUACCGCAUGGUUUCUGGACGUCAUGCCCGGAUCUACCGGUGUCGAGGAAGUGGGAGAAAGAACUAGUUGAAGCGGUCAAGUGGAUGGUGGACGGGGAGGCCUGA